UGUUCUGACAGUUCAGACACGGGCACACUGAUCAUAUGUUCCCGGAAUGACUGCGAAUUCGCGUCGGUAAAAAUAGAAAAAUACUCGUUGAUGUGCUGCGGGAAAGCCACUACCCCGGCCCCAAAGUGGCCCCUUAAAAGUUAAACAAAUGUGCGCGCCGCAAGAUAGUCGUCGCCGAAAGAACCAUAGUGACGAAAGCGUUUAAAUUGAAGUAUCAGCCGCCCCGCAAUUACGAUGAAUGUUUCGCGCGGCGGCAACACAACGCUGGACCUCCAGCCCCUUCUGACGGACAGCGAUGAUAGCAAGGAGCAGGAGGAGAAAAUCGGAGGAUCAGGGGGAGUUUCGCUACACAAUGGAUCUGGUUCGAAGGAGCUGAGCCACCGGGAACGCGAGGACUCUGCGGUAUUCAUAAAGAAGAUCGGCAGCGCGUUGUUCUAUGGACUAUCCUCCUUCAUGAUCACGGUGGUGAACAAGACGGUGCUGACCUCCUAUCACUUCCCCUCGUUUCUGUUCCUCAGCCUGGGCCAACUGACUGCCAGUAUAGUAGUUCUCGGCAUUGGAAAACGCCUAAAACUUGUCUCAUUUCCGCCUCUGCAAAGGAAUACAUUUGCCAAGAUCUUUCCGCUGCCAUUGAUCUUUCUGGGCAACAUGAUGUUCGGUCUAGGCGGGACUAAAACCUUGAGUUUGCCGAUGUUUGCGGCCUUGCGUCGGUUUUCCAUUUUAAUGACAAUGUUGCUGGAGCUUAAAAUCCUUGGACUAAGACCGUCGAAUGCGGUUCAAAUCAGCGUUUACGCCAUGAUCGGUGGAGCCUUGCUGGCAGCCUCUGAUGAUUUGUCGUUCAACAUGAGAGGCUACAUCUAUGUUAUGAUCACCAACGCCUUGACCGCAUCAAACGGAGUGUAUGUGAAAAAAAAACUGGACACCUCAGAGAUCGGAAAGUACGGCCUGAUGUACUACAACUCGCUGUUCAUGUUCCUGCCCGCCCUGGCACUCAAUUAUGCCACAGGAGAUCUGGAUCAGGCGCUGAACUAUGGACAAUGGAACGACUCAGUAUUUGUGCUGCAGUUCUUGCUCAGCUGCGUCAUGGGAUUCAUCUUGUCAUACAGUACAAUCCUGUGCACGCAAUUCAACUCGGCACUGACCACCACAAUUGUGGGCUGCCUGAAGAACAUCUGCGUGACCUAUCUGGGCAUGUUCAUUGGCGGUGACUACGUCUUCUCGUGGCUCAACUGCAUCGGGAUCAACAUCAGCGUGCUGGCGAGUCUGCUGUACACGUAUGUCACUUUCCGACGGAAGCGGGCACCCGAUAAGCAAGCCCACUUGCCCAGCACCCGCGGCGAGAAUGUCUAGCUUCGUCUUAGCUCAAACUCAAGCCAAAGCCAUACGAUAUUUUAAGCGUAUUCCGAACUACGUACUUCGUUCUGCGAUCUUCGAUUUCGUAUUCGAUUUUCCUAUAGGCACACAGCGCAUCGUAUCUGUACAUAUAUCUAGCCAAGUAUCUAAAAAUGUGUAAAAUGUGCAAUUAUGUAAUUUUAAUCACUUUGUACAUUUGUCCGCAUGCAACUGUUUCCUGCAUCGAAAGUGUCAUAAGUAAUAGAAAUACACAGACAUCCAGCUCCCUUUCCGCAAUGGGUGGGCCAGAUAA